AUGGGCCGCCGAGAUGGGGCUGCAGGCUGGGGACGAAAUUUCCGCCGCGAACGAACUCUUUUUCGAUGGCCAGCCAGAAAGCGACCCGUGUUGGGCCACGCUGGAAAAGUAUUUGGAGCAAAGCCGUCCUCUGUAUAUCCUCUUUCGACGGAAAGGGGCGGGGUUCGACCCGGGGAAACAGCCAAAGUUGGACCGUCCCCUGCCCGAGCGGUGGAUGGAUCGAGUCAAGAACAAGGGGCCGUUUUACGCGACCCCAAAUGCUGCUACUGCCAGCACAGCGAGCAACUCCCCUGCAGCGAGUGCUGCACUGCUUCGCGCCAGCCCAGCCGGGAGUGUGGCCGAGGGGGCACAGGACCAAGCGGGCAGCAGUAUGGCACUGUCUCAGUCGGGAGCCGGUUCAACAUCUUCCCCUGGAGCUGCACCACGAAGCAACAAGCAGAAACCGCCGGCCGGCUCGCCGUACUUGGUUUCGAUGUUGUUCGCGCUGACAAAAGUGGACAAACAAAAGGCCGCGGGCGUGCACGGGUGGGGGCAGAGUCGACUGGACGAUCCAGCAGUGAUAGACGAUGCGUCUCUCUCG